UCCACUUUAGUUUAAAAGUAUAUUACAAUUUUGAGAAAGUGUUAUAUCGUCUCUUUACAGGUGAAAAUGUAACUGAUGAAGCUUCUGCAAGUAUGUCACUUGACAACACAGGCAGUUUCGCGGUACCUGUACGUAGGCCUGCGACCCAUGCAAUAAGGCAAGUUGAUGGAUUUCAACACCAGCAUGAUUCACCAAGAGAAAGCCAUCUGGCAGGGGCAAAAUCGCCACCAUCUGCAGACACACGGGUGCCUGUGUUCAUGGAGCGAAUUCUGACGUUACUGAACUCCAUUAAGAUCACGCAGCAGAUUCACACAGACUACUUCUCUGUAUUGAUGAAAAAGAAUGAAGAUGCCCUUUUGGAGCAAGUGGACCUUCCCGAUCUACCAUUUUCGUCACUUUUUGCGUUCCAGCAAUUUGAUGAGGGGCUUCUUGUGGAUGCCAAAAAAAGGCGGGCUGUGAGGGAUCACAUUGCAAUACAAGGAGGCGACACAACCAAAGAGAAAACCUCACGAAUUCUUCGCACCAUCCUUGCACCAGCAGUGGCUACAGAGUUCAGUUGGUUCGGGGCCAAAGGCAAGAAAAAGUUUGUGGACACAAGCAUCUGCAAGCUGAUGUGCACCACCCUAACAGACAAGCAAGUGUCUACCCAGGUGACCGCUACAAUAAAAGAAAUUGAGAAGGCUGCAAUGUCAUGGUUUAGAUAUGCUGCAGAGAGGGCAGCUGCCUUGCAGAAGAAGAUGGAGGCUGAGAAGUGCUUCUAA